UGGCUCUUUUCCGACGUCGUGAACGCAUUGGUCAUGGGAGAUGGUAGAUUGUUUUUUUCUCACGUCACCAAAGCUAAUCUAGCAUUCAUUAAACAAAAGCGUGGCAUAAGAUGCCUGGUCGAAGCCAAAGAAGGCGGCUCAAGCUUUAACUUUCAAAAGUCUGGAGUUUUUAGAUUCAAAAUUACAGGAGAGAACAUCACCUCGUUUGGUCCUGACGUUCAAAAAAUCCCAAACCAAGAAGUGGCCCGGGGAGAUAUAGUAAAAUUAAGAUGUGUUGCCGCUGGAUAUCCAACUCCAAAGUAUCGUUGGGAGAAGACGGAUUUGCAGGGUAAAAAGAGCCAAGUGUUUCAUCAAAUUGACGGCGUCGCUCUUUUAGAAUACAACAGAGUAUUGUUGAUUGAAAACGUGAAGUCUCGCAACGCGGGAAUUUACACGUGUCACGUGACCAUUGACAGUAUAGAUAUUUGUUAA